AUGCCUGGUUAUGUUGGCUUCCAAAUUGCUCUCGAAUUGUCACAACUAUUGCCCAUUAAGGCACUAGCCCAGAGAGCAGGGGAUCAUGUGCUCACCCUUGCCCGUGAUCUUCGUAAAUCUGGCUCUGACAUCGUCGUCGAGCAAGACCUUGUGGAAGUUUUCGGGCGAGGUAAAAUCUCGUCUAGCUUGGAAAUCGCAUUCAAAAAUGAUGUCAAGAUUGGCAACUUCAUACCUUUGACAAGAAAUGGAGAAGUUGAGCUCCACUCCGGACCAGGACCCACAGUUGCCUUCGCUUUCAAGAAUGCUCAGUAUCUCAGUACUGUCAUACAGUUGUCCCUACUCAGCUGGACACACAAACGAGAAGAACUCGGCUCUAUGAUUGCUGUUAUCAUGCGUAAACGGUUCGAAGUUGGGAUCAAGGAUGCGGCUCCAAAUCCUGGCGUCGAUGGCAUAAUUGGUUGUCUCCAGGCGUGUUGCGCUCAAACAUCAGCUUUUAACUGGAGCAUCUAUUCCAAACUGGUUCAGGAAAAGCUCCGAGAGGCCAUACCGACUUUCCAAUAUCACAAUGACUACAUUCGCAUAACACCAGCCUUAAUGCUUGGUGCAGUUGACAUGCUGUACUUGACACAGAGUUUGCCAGAUGACAGAAGAGUAGUCGUGUCCAAUGAAAUGGGCUCGAUUACGCUCAUUGUAUGGGCUCAUUUUGUCCUUGGUCUGACUGUCUGCGUCACCGGUAGGGUUCGAGAACCCAUUUUUUUUGGUCACCACGAGGUACCAGAAGUGACCAUAGAAUGGACGAGCUGCAAUAAAGAUGAAGCGGGAAGCUUGAUCUACCCCCAUGAGACCGAAGAUGAUGAACCGGAAAUACGGUUGCUCGACUCUCAGCUCAAUGUGCUCCUAAGCUGCGUACCUGAAAAGGAUAAUCUCGAACCCAUAAUGGCCGAGGAUAGGCACAUACUCCUUGGAUAUGGCACCGAGUAUCUCUACCGAGUUCUAAACACCAGAAUUUUGGUAGAUGAGAUUGAUCCCAUAUACGAGGAGAUGGUGAAACUUGUAACAGGCCUCGCCAUUGUGGUUACAAAGAGAUCUGGCCGUCCAUUACAUGAAGAUGUUAUCAAGGCACACGGCUUGGACGCGGGGUUUGGGCUUGAAGCUUGGAGAGCGCUCAAGGCGUCCCAGGUCAUCUUCCAUGGGAUCAAAUGUGAUACCAAAGGAGUCAGUUCCUACGCUGAAUAUUGGUCAGAAAAUAUAUUACACCCGAUGAAUCUUCCAACCACUUUCAAGCCAUUCCUCGCAAAAGUUCGGAAAGGCGCGCUACAGUCAACCCCAGGAGAGAGGCUAGUCGACACGGUUUCCCAUCUGACCCAAAUUGUUACAAUCUUUGCGCAUGUGGCGGACAUUGGAUCGUGCCAUGACUUGCCACUCCGCAUGGCGUAUUGGCCAUUCUGGAUGAAAGACGCCACCGUCAAUAUUCAGAACAACAAUAAGUCUUUAUACUUCUUGGACGAUGACGAAGCUUACCACGCGGUAGCUACGCUUCUUUCUGAUGAGGUGGCGGACGCGCAUGAGGACAGACCACGCACAAAAAAUAAUGCUGGAGGCUAUUUCUCGUUCCUGUGGAGCGAUUUUGGAUGGAGCGUCAUGUUGAGUACCAUAGGGGAUCAGGACCCAGCCGAAAUUCGUCCAGAACUAGUUCAGGUCAAAAAAGGAACACCUACGAAUAUAAAAACGCAGGAAAGAAAGCCCCUUAUUAAAGAUGGACGCGGAUAUGCGUUGAGAUCGUUAUAUCCCGAUAGCUUUCCGCUUAUUUGUUGUCCGAAACUUAUCCCACGCUGUGCUGCAAAAAUUUCGUCUCGCAUAGAAUUCUGGAGCAGCCGAAGACAAGAGUUUGAAUUAAUAAUACUCCUUUGUGUCUAA